AUGUCAAAUACCUCGGAUACUUCAGCAGAUGCCGGUGUGCUGAGCGGAGAAACAGAACCCAAGGUCUCUGGCCGUAAAACGAUACAGUGGUUCGCCUGCAUCUUCGUUUUGAUUAUCGUUGUACUAGUAACGGGAAAUAAACUUACAUCAUCUCAUGAAAAUAUUCCAUAUCAGCCCAGCGGAUCACCAUGUUUCGCCAAAGCUGCUCUAGAACAACUUCUUCAGUCUGAAAAUAUUGCCAGCGAUCGAUCUGAGGACUUUUUCGGUGCGAUAGACAAAGCCAAAACAAAAUUAAGUAUCGACAUCGAACGGAAAACGAGCGAGAUCGAGAAAAUUGCCAGCAGUCUCGAAGAAACUAUUCAAAGUUCACCAGACCCGAAGGAAUGGUGGUGGGAACAACUAGCCACUACCGCCAAGAAAGAGUCAUUCGCAAAAAACCAAUUAGAAUACAUGAAAUCACUAUACCGAGCCCAUGAAGAUACCACAAAGAGUACCAUCAGCCAAGUCCCGCAGCUAGGACAUACAGCCGACAAAGCUCACGUGGAGUUGAAUGAAAGUGUACAUCAAGUCAUGGAAAAGAUUCAAUAUGAGCGGCGAGUCCAAACCAGCAAUCUCAAUGAAGUCUUGCUCGAUAUAACUACCAAAGAUGCCUUUCUACAACGAUAUCAAAGCCAGCUUCGGUACCUUGGAACGAUGCGUUUCAGCCAGAUCUCAGAAUAUCAAGCCGGGAGAGAGGGCAGGAAGAAGUCGAAGAAAUCUUAUGAAAUCUCACUUGAGUUGUUGGAGGAACUUGAAAGGACGUGUCUGAAUUUGAGAGCCGAGAGGGAUAAUUUACAAAAAGAAAUUGCUCAUUGUACUGCCGGUUGA